CGGUGGGAGAAUGUCCGGGGGGCUCUUGGGGGCUGAAGCGGCUCCGCGCCCUUCGGGCUUCCUCAAGCGGAUUCUGGUGACCGGCGGCGCAGGGUUCAUUGCAUCUCAUGUGGUGGUUUCUCUUGUAGAAAAGUAUCCUAACUAUAUGAUUAUUAAUCUGGAUAAGCUGGACUAUUGUGCAAGCUUAAAAAAUCUUGAGAUAGUUUCUGAGAAACAGAACUACAAGUUUGUUCAGGGGGACAUCUGUGAAACCAGUUUCAUAAAAGAAUUAUUUGAAACUGAGAAAAUUGAUAUAGUGUUACAUUUUGCUGCUCAAACACAUGUGGGUGAGCAUUAUCUUUCAUUUUGGCGCAAACUUGAAUUCAACUAUGUUAAUGUUUAUGGAACUUACAUUCUCGUUGGUGCUGCUUAUGCGGCUAAUGUGGAGAAGUUCAUAUAUGUCAGUACUGAUGAAGUUUAUGGAGGAAGCUGUGAUAAGGAAUUUGAUGAAUCCUCACCUAAGCAACCAACAAAUCCUUAUGCAACAUCUAAGGCAGCUGCUGAAUGCUUUGUCCAAUCUUAUUGGGAAAGAUACCAGUUUCCAGUGGUUAUCACACGGAGCAGCAAUGUUUAUGGACCACAUCAAUUUCCAGAAAAAGUUAUUCCGAAGUUUAUUGCCCUCUUACAGCAGAACAGGAAAUGUUGCAUUCAUGGCUCAGGACUUCAGAGAAGAAAUUUUCUUUAUGCCAGUGAUGUAGCAGAAGCAUUUCUUACUAUUAUGAAGAAGGGACAGCCUGGUGAAAUCUAUAAUAUUGGGAGCAAUUUUGAGAUGUCAAUUGUACAGCUUGCAAAGGAAUUAAUCCAUCUAAUAAAAAAUACCAGUUCAGAAGCUGAGACAGAAUAUUGGAUGGAUUAUGUUAAAGACAGACCUACAAAUGACUUUGGAUAUCCAAUGAACUAUGGAAAAAUGUACAGUUUGGGCUGGAGGCCUAAAGUACCUUGGAAAGAAGGAAUUAAAAAAACAAUUGAAUGGUAUCAAGAUAAUUUCCACAACUGGAAGAAUGCAGAGAAAGCUUUGGAGCCUUUUCCUAUUGCUGAAGAAACUGUAUGAUUUGGUCUGCAGCCAGAAAGACAAAAUGAAGGAAAUAAUUCUACCUCAAGACCACGUUAUGAAAACACUGUACUCAAGCAACUAAAGUGUGAAAGGUGGCUUGUGUCCAGGAGAUGUCAAUUUCAAGAAAGCAAGCAGAAUGGAAUUUCAAACUCUUAUCUUGAUCACAUUUGGGACCCAACUUAAUUUAAUCAACAUUUCAGUGCAAUAUUUUAUCAAAUGAAUCUUUUAUAAAAUGAAAUUAAAGCAUUUUUAAUUAACGUGCACUUUUAAUACAGCUAUUUUGUAUUAUUUUAAUAUAUUGUAUGAACAGUGUUAUAAAAUAGUCUAGACAGCAUUUUUUUUUUUAGUUAAGGGGUAUUUUCUGCUUUUGAUGGAUUUAUAGCGAAAAAGAGUAGGAACCUCAUCCUCACUUCACAGAAGUCAUUGCUGGAUCAUCUGUUUUUUUUUAAAACACUGUCACAUAGUGUUGGUAACCUUAAUCCUAAUUUUAAUAAUCAAAAAAGAAGAGAGAAUGGUCUCCCACAGCUCUACUGAAAUGAUUAGUAUACAACCAAAGACUUCAUUGUAACUCAAGAAUAUAGGCUGGAACUCAAGAAUAUAGGCUGUAAACCUGAGACAGUGCUCAUGCCAAAUACUUGUCUUUUCUAAUAGUUAGAAUAACAAUGGUUGUUUCGACUAUAUUUGUUUUGCUUUUAUUUGUUGCAUAUUGACAUUCUAACUUUAUAAAUGUGUGAAAUUAAACAAACAAAUUAAA